CAGACAGUCAGAAAAAUGGAUGGAGGCAACCAGAGUGGUGUCUCCAAGUUCCUGCUCCUGGGGCUCUCAGAGCAUCCUGAGCAGCAGUGGGUUCUGUUUUGGAUAUUCCUGUCCAUGUACCUGGUCAUGGUGGUGGGAAAUGUGUCCAUCAUCCUGGCCAUUGGCUCCGACUCCCACCUGCACACGCUCAUGGACUUCUUCCUGGCCAACUUCUCCUUCACCGAUCUCUUCUUUGUCACCAACACAAUCCCCAAGAUGCUGGUGAACCUUCAGUCCCAGAACAAAGCCAUCUCCUACACGUGUCCUACUCUGACACAGCUCUACUUCCUGGUCUCCUUGGUAACCCUGGACAACCUCCUCCUAGCCACAAUGGCAUAUGACCACUAUGUGCCCAUCUGCCGUCCCCUGCACUAUACCACGGCCAUGAGCCCUGGGCUUUGUAUUUCACUCCUGACCUUGUGUUGGGCACUCUCCGUCCUCUAUGGCCUCAUCCACACCCUCCUCAUGACAAGGGUGAGCUUCUGUGGGUCCUAGAAGAUCCAUUACAUCUUCUGUGAGAUCCUGUUGAGACUCGCAUGUUCCAACACCCAAGUCAAUCAUACAGUGCUUACUGCCACAGGCUGCUUCAUCUUCCUCAUCCUUUUUGGGUUCAUGCUCAUGUCCUAUGUCCGGAUUGUCAGAGCCAUCCUCCAAAUGCCCUCAGCCUCUAGCAAGUAUAAAGCCUUCUCCACCUGUGCCUCCCAUUUGGCCGUGGUCUCCCUCUUCUAUGGGACACUUUGCAUGGUAUAUCUGAAGCCCCUCCACAGCUACUCCAUGAAGGACUCAGUGGCCACAGUGAUGUAUGCUGUGGUGACCCCCAUGAUGAACCCUUUCAUCUACAGCCUGAGGAACAAGGACAUGCAUGGGGCUCUAAGAAGACUCCUCCUAGGGAAGCCUUCCAUAGGUUGA